UUCAUAACUAUACAUAAGCACAUGUCCACUUUUUGAUAAUUAAUUUAAUCUGUUAACGAACAGGCGGCGUCACGUGAUAAAGAACUGGUAUACUUUAUAUAGACAAGACUAAACAAAAAUGUUGAUUUUUUUUAUUAUCAUUCCAAACAUUAUCUCGUUUAAAUGUUUUCAUUUCAGUGGACAUAAUGAAAGUGUUUAACACCCCAAAGCAGCACAAACAAUGUAUUUAACGUUUUUUUAACCAUGAACCCCCCGCGGAACAGAUGGUACAGUCCGAAGGUUGGUACAGUCCGUUUCCUGCACUCGGUUGCUAGGAGGCGGAGAACGCUAGAAUACAACGCAAGGAGAAGCUCUGGGUGACACGGCUCUGCUACGACACGUGAUAGUUCCUCGGGUUUUUUGGUAUGGGACUGUACAAGUUGUUCAGUGGCUUCAACGGGUAUUGGAUUAUUAUUGAUUAAAUGUUUACAAUGGCGUCCGACUGCACUCAAGAGGCCGUUCUUGUUUUUCUGCAGGGGAAAGGGGGCAAAGCGACCAACGCGGAUCUAAUAGAGCAUUUUAAGUUCGUGUUCCCGGGGGAGUCGCAGGAGAGAGCUGCUGUCCGUAAGACUUUUAAAAGCUACGUGGACCACGUUGCUUUCGUAAAGACUGAGGGCGAAGUCAAAUAUGUCUGCCUGAAGAAAAGAUUCCGCGGUUCAGAGAGGCUCGAUCCGGAGGACCUCCUUCCCCGUUAUCCGCACGCUUCAGACGGCAGGAGUGACGCGGCAGAGGGAUCUUCGUUCAACAUGCCGGGGCCUGUGCAAACCGGUACUACAGGACCAGUUCCCACAGGUGGUGUGGGACUCAAACCCGGAGACAGGCUGGUGGAGGCCGAGGCGCUCUCCCCAGAAGUCCUGGAAGAAGGAGAACACGGUAACGUGGUGGCCAGGAGCAGAGCUCCCUCCAGACAGCUGGAGUCUGAUGAUGAUGAGGAGGAGGAGGAUGGCGAUGAAGGGCAGUCGGACACAUGUAGCCUCUCUGGGAGCGAAGGACUCUGCAGCCCCAAAGGCAGCCGUAAACACUUCAUGGAGGCCAUGAUGAACAGGUCCCCCCAGCCGAGGAGGAGCACGGUGACCAAAGGCUCGGUGUACUUGUCAUCCAGGACCGACAGCGACUCGGCCUCCCUGGUCUCCUCCUGCCCGGACGACAGGACCCCGGUGGCUCUGGACCCGCUGGAACACGAGUGGAUGAUGUGUGCCUUGGACGGGGAGUGGGGCAGCAUGCACCCCCUCCUCACCACGGAGCCCAGUCUGAUCCUGAGGAAGGACUUCGUCACCGGGUUCACCUGCUUGCACUGGGCGGCCAAGCGAGGCAACCCCGAGCUGAUGGCGCUGAUCUUCAAUUUUGCCAAACAGAACGACACCCCCGUCAGCGUGGACGCUCGGUCCAACGCCGGUUACACGCCUCUGCACGUCGCUGCCAUGCACAACCACAUGGAGGUGGUGAAGCUCCUGGUGGGGGCCUACAGCGCAGACGUGGAGGUCAGAGACUACAGCGGGAGGAAGGCCUGCCAGUAUCUCACUGACAGUGUGAGCGUGGAUAUCCAGGACAUAAUCGGAGCAUACGAGCGCUCUGACCCGGAGGACGCGUGCCGCGGGGCCGGAGGCCGUUGGAGGUUCUCCAAGGCUCUCCAGUCCAACCUGAAGCCCCUCCGACUCCUCAACCCCAACGACGGAGGUGACUCUGUGGACGGGGAGGCCCGACCCUCACAGAAGGUCCUCAGGAGGAAGUCCUCCCUCAGCAGGAUGAAGCCCGAACUGCACAGGCUGCGCUUGAGGACAUCGCAGAUUGUCCACAGGAUGUCGUUCCGUGAGCCAGAGGAGUCGGGGGGCUCUGGGAAAGGUUCCCUUAAGUCCAGACCCAAGACCCACUUCUUUGGGUGAAGUCAAUGCAGUUACAGAGCGCAGCGUCUACAGGAAUAUGGCAGAGGAGCAUUUCUAUAUUCCACUUCCAUUACUAGGCUGUGUGUUUGGAGCUG